AAUAUUCACAAAAUCUGCUAAUUGAUUUCUAUUUCUACUAUUUUGUUGCAAUUAUUUUAUGUAAAUUAAGUAUUUUGAAACAUCAAAGCGAAGUAAUAUUGUAUUUAGAGAAAUAUGGCUGUUGUAAAAACCCCUGUACUAAAAGUAAUACUGUGUGGUGAAUACGGGGUGGGUAAAAGUUCCUUGUUUCGUCGCUUUAUUAACAAUACUUUUCUUCCUAAUUCAGAUAGAAGAUCGACAUUAGGAUUAGACCAUUUUGAAAAGUUGUAUAAAGUAGGUGACAAGGAUGUUAAGUUACAGCUAUGGGAUACAGGUGGUAUGGAAAGAAUUGCCUCAGUCACUUCAAGUUACUAUAAAUUUGCAGAAGCAGCUAUUUUAGUAUUUUCUUUGGACAAUGCCUCCUCAUUUCAUGUGUUAAGUCAACAUUUAUUGGAUAUAGUGACAUAUGCAGAGAAUGCUAAAAUAUUUCUAUGUGGAAAUAAGUCUGAUUUAGAAGGAUCAGCCCCACAAGUUACUGAUGCUGAUAUUGAAACUUUUUGUGAGCAGUGCCAUAAUUUGAUUAGCACUACAUAUAAAACAUCAUGUAAAACAGGCAAAGGAGUGGAAGAAAUGUUUUCAGAUAUUGCACUGCAGUUAGUUGAGACAAAUAGGUCUAGGAUAGAACUGCAAACAUUAGACCAUAACAGUUUCAAAAUAACCAAUCCAGACCCUCCUGAAGAACCAUCAUGUAGUUGUUGAUUGUAAUUAUACAUAAUGCAUGCUGUAACUUAAUUCUAAUAAUGUGAUGUAAUAUUUUUUUCAAUAUUUUCAUAUUUAUAUCAUUACAUGUAAUAGCUCAAAUUUUUAACAUUACAGCAAAUAGUUGCUGGUAAUUUUUUAAACAUAUUUUUAAUUAUAAUAGAAACAGGACCUGUGGUCUAAUAUUGAAGACAUGUUAUAGAUCGACUUUUGUAUUGCAAACAUUGCAACUAAUGUUACAUACAGAGGUGUAGGCACUGCGAAAAAAAAAUCGCCAAAGAUUGUGUGUGCUGUGAAAUUGUUAAUAGUAAUAAGAAUGAUUUGUGUUGUAGGUUUGGAGAUAAAAUGUAGUGCAGAGGAGACAAUUUGUUUUCAUUAAGUCAAUGAUAUAAAUAAAAGGUAGUUGUUGCCUGCAUUCUCAAUAUGUUAUAGCUUUAAAUAUUUAUAGCAAAGCUUUAAUGGUGGCUGGAUAGAGGUAAAAUUUGUUUUGUUAUUAAUUUGUACAAUUUUUUCUAUAUAUCAUAAUAGAUAACUAAACAUGAUACUUAUACAGGCUUUAAGCAACCUUUGAUUAAACCUGCAUUAAUCAUCAUAUAUUGCUCUAACUAUAUGAAUAUUACCGAAAUAAUAAAAACAAAAUAAACUGUUUUAUACAUCGAUUAAUUAGCUUUUUUAUAUUUUGUAUUGUCACAAUCUCUACUAUUUUGAUCUGUAUUAGUCCCGUGGAAAUCAUAUUCCUACUAAUAUAAAUGUAAAACUUGGUGAAAAUAUUUGAAUGUUUGUUAUUUCACCAUAUGGGCAAAGCUGUGGGAUACUGUUCUCAUAAUUAUUAAUAUUGUGUAUAGUGAUACCUGUUAUAUUAUUAUAUUCAAUCUUUUUCACUAUUCAUAGUAAAUGUUAAUUUAGAACUUAUUCCCUGUUUGUAAAGUAGAUGGUAUUAAUAAAUAACAACAUUGAUAUUACUAAGCAGUUUAAUUGAACAAGUUAUACAUAUAUUUCAUAACAAACAAUUAGAGUAAUUUAUCCAAUAUUUUUUGACAUUAUGAACAUGAAACAAAAAAUAUACUGACAUGUUCAUUAAAGUACAAUAAAGCUACAUCAUUCUGGUCAUAUACUUUACUCUACAUCCUUUUGGUUAUAUACAUUCUUGUUUAUUUUAAAUUGAAAUAUUGAAAUUCUAUAUUGAGAAUAUUCACAAGAUAUUUUUUUUGUUAACAGUUUAGGAGCCAUCCAUCAUCAAUUACAUCAAUCAACUUUCAUGUUUUCUUAGCCCUAUAGGGAAGGGCUAUAAAAACAUGACAUUUGUUCUCUUUGUUGUUCAUUAGUGCCACAGCCACAGAGAUUAGAGAACUGAGAAUCUCAUACUCAAAUGCAAAGUAAAAAAUUGGCUGUCACUUCGUAGUUUUUACAGUGUCCACUAUUUGAGUAAAACAAAUACUUUCACAUAAUUUGCAUGUCUAUAUGGUAAAUAUUUAUAAUUUCAUGUAGCAUCAUAUCUACAGUACCAAUAUUUCACAAAUAAAGCUAAAUACCAGCUGAACUGAAAUACAGUUCAGUUGGUAUUUGUAAGAGCCCACCCUCCUUAGUGUGACACCAAAA